AUGUAAUUAGGAGAUGAAGAAGAAUAGCUUCUUUUAAAGAAUGAUGAUUUGUAAGCAAAUAGGGAAUUAUUAAUAGACAUAACUUUAACGAGCAGAUUAGGAUUCAUCUAAAAAGUUUUUUAAAUUUAUAUAUUAUAGGUUUAUUCUAUCAUAAGCAUCUAAUUAUUAUUUACAGCCUUAUUUGCAGUAUUUUCCCUCAAUUAACCAGCUAUGAUGGAAUUUGAAGCAACUUAAAUUUAGCUUUAAGUAUUAGCUGCUAUAACAGCAAUUGUAAUAAUGUGCUCCUUAUUUUGCUAUCCAGCUAAUGCAAGAAGAGCACCAAAUAACUAUAUUUUACUAUCACUAUUCACUAUAUGUGAGGGAUAUGUAGUCUCAGCUAUUUGCUGCUCAAUUGCUAAGGAAUAUGAGAAUGGAGGUAUUUGAUUUUAUUUAUUAUUAGUCCAUCUAAUUUUUAUGGCAUUAUCUAUGACAGUGCUCAUGACCUUUGGUUUAACAUUGUACGCCUGCUUUACUAAACAGGAUUUCACAGUUUAUACUGGGCUUCUAUGGUCUUUUAUUAUAUGCUUAUUUUUACUACUUGUUUUCACUCUACUCUUUCCAAGUAGUGUAAUUUAAAUCAUCUAUUCAGUCCUGGCAAUAUUCCUUUAUUCAUUAUACAUCAUUAUUGAUACUUAAUUGAUUGUUGGAAAUAAUAAGGUAUUUUUAUAUUUGCAUUUUACUAAGAGACAUUCUUUAAAAAAAGAUGAUUACAUUCUAGGGGCACUCAUUUUAUAUAUCGACAUAAUUACUUUAUUUUUAGAAUUAUUAAAAUAUCUUGAGAUGAUAAAUGGCAAGAAAUUAAAAUGA